AUAUCAAGUUAAAUAUAUUUCAACACCAAAUAAAAGUACUCAAAGAUACCAGAAUAUAAUAAAAGUAAAAUACAUACCAUUCUGAUUUUGAAACUGAUAAUGCACCCGGCUUGAAAUCUCGAACUGUUGUAAUUUUAAUUUGUUAAAUGCUCUAUUUAUAACUUCGUAGUAACAAAAUAUAGUAUAGCUAUUAGCUAUUAUAGCUUGCACAUUGAACGCGGUCUUAACGCGGCGACAUUCGUUCUUGUUUCCGACAAAAGAAAUAUUACACUUUUGUUUUUCAAUAAUUAGCUGAGUUGAAUAUUAUAUUACAGUGAUGAUCAACCUUUGUAUUAUAUUGGUUUCUUACUGUAUUUUUGCAAAUGUUGUAGUUUAUGUUAGUUAUAAUUUGCUUUUAGGUUGUUAACUCAUGACUUUACGUCAGUUUCGUUUUAUUAAUAAAACCCCUGGCUUAUUCAUUUCCUCUACUAUUUUCUAACAAGUGCAAGUGUUACAGUGCGAGUUUUACGUACACGGAGAAAUUCACCUUGAAACAAUGUCUGACUUUGAGUACCAUGUAAUCCAGUCUAAGAAAGACCUCGACUCUGAGGAUGAAUCUGGAUCAUUAAAGACUCAGAAGAAAACAACCAAAAGGAAAAACGCUUCUCAGAUCCCGAAACGUGACGCGGGCUGGUCGCUGGACAGAAACGUCGUCGAAGAAUGUGCUAGUAAAAGCAAGAAGAUCAAACCAAAGAAAACUGUGAAAAAGCACGCAUCGUCCGUGUUAAUAACUGAUACGUUGCAGGACAGUGACACUGACCUUGAUGAAGAAGACAAAACUAAAAGUACGACAACCAAGUCGAAGAAAGAGACACCUGAUUGUAAGCCAGGCUGGUUUUCAACGACAGGGUGA